GGGGCGGGGCGGGGGAGGCUGACAUGUGAGCGGCGCGCCGGCGGCAGGUGGAAAGGCGAGCGGCAUGGAGCGCGUAAUAAGAGAGUUGGAGUCGGAAAGAGCCGCCCCAGUCGCCGGGGAAGCGGGCGGUCAGCGCGGGCUCCGGCGGCCCCCCGGCUCUGAGCGCCCGCCCCCGGCCCCGGAGCGGCCCCAGCCCGGCCCCUAGCCCCCGCCGACCGCGCCCGCCUCGGGCCGCCCCGCCGGCCCUGGGUCCGAGCCAUGCGCCGCUGAGCGCCCCUCGCGCGCCCCCGCCCCGGACCGGACCCGGGCCCCGGCCCCCCCCGCCCGGCGCCGCCCAUGGCCGAGGCCCCCCCGCGCCUCCUCGGCCUAGCCCCCCCGCCCGCGGACGCCCCCCGCGCCGAGCUGGUGGCGCUCACGGCGGUGCAGAGCGAGCGGGGCGAGGCGGGCGGAGGCGGCUCCCCGCGCCGCCUGGGCCUCCUGGGCAGCCCCCUGCCGCCGGGCGCGCCCCUCCCAGGGCCGGGCUCGGGCUCGGGCUCCGCCUGCGGCCAGCGCUCCUCAGCCGCGCACAAGCGCUACCGCCGCCUGCAGAACUGGGUCUACAACGUGCUGGAGCGACCCCGCGGCUGGGCCUUCGUCUACCACGUCUUCAUAUUUUUGCUGGUCUUCAGCUGCCUGGUGCUGUCCGUGCUGUCCACUAUCCAGGAGCACCAGGAACUUGCCAACGAGUGUCUCCUUAUCUUGGAAUUCGUGAUGAUCGUGGUGUUUGGUCUGGAGUACAUCAUCCGCAUCUGGUCCGCUGGAUGCUGCUGCCGCUACCGAGGAUGGCAGGGCCGUUUCCGCUUUGCCAGAAAACCCUUCUGUGUCAUCGACUUCAUCGUGUUCGUGGCCUCGGUGGCCGUCAUCGCCGCCGGCACGCAGGGCAACAUCUUUGCCACAUCUGCGUUACGCAGCAUGCGCUUCCUGCAGAUCCUGCGCAUGGUGCGCAUGGACCGCCGCGGCGGCACCUGGAAGCUGCUGGGCUCGGUGGUCUAUGCUCACAGCAAGGAGCUGAUCACCGCCUGGUAUAUCGGGUUCCUGGUGCUCAUCUUCGCCUCCUUCCUGGUCUAUCUGGCUGAGAAGGACGCCAACUCCGACUUCUCCUCCUACGCCGACUCGCUCUGGUGGGGGACGAUUACACUGACGACCAUUGGCUAUGGUGACAAGACGCCACACACGUGGCUGGGCAGGGUCCUGGCUGCUGGCUUCGCCUUACUAGGCAUCUCCUUCUUUGCCUUGCCUGCCGGCAUCCUUGGCUCCGGCUUUGCCCUGAAGGUGCAGGAGCAGCACAGGCAGAAGCACUUUGAGAAGCGGAGGAUGCCAGCAGCCAACCUCAUCCAGAGGAAACCCUGCAACUUCAUGGAUGCUGAGGGGUUGGCUGCAUGGCGCCUGUACUCCACCGACACGAGCCGGGCCUACCUGACAGCCACUUGGUACUACUAUGACAGCAUCCUCCCGUCCUUCAGAGAGCUGGCCCUCUUGUUUGAGCACGUUCAACGGGCCCGCAAUGGGGGCCUACGGCCCCUGGAGGUGCGGCGGGCGCCAGUACCCGACGGAGCGCCCUCCCGUUACCCGCCCGUUGCCACCUGCCACCGGCCGGGCAGCACCUCCUUCUGCCCUGGGGAAAGCAGCCGGAUGGGUAUCAAAGACCGCAUCCGCAUGGGCAGCUCCCAGCGGCGGACAGGCCCCUCCAAGCAGCACCUAGCACCUCCACCGAUGCCCACUUCCCCGAGCAGCGAGCAGGUUGGAGAGGCCAGCAGCCCCACCAAGGUGCAGAAGAGCUGGAGCUUCAACGACCGCACACGCUUCCGGGCCUCCCUGAGACUCAAACCGCGCGCCUCCACUGAGGAGGGCCCCUCGGAGGAAGUGGCAGAGGAGAAGACCUACCAGUGUGAACUCACAGUGGACGACGUCAUGCCCGCUGUGAAGACGGUCAUCCGCUCUGUCAGGAUCCUGAAGUUCCUGGUAGCCAAAAGGAAAUUCAAGGAGACGCUACGACCAUACGACGUGAAGGACGUCAUCGAGCAGUACUCCGCAGGGCACCUGGACAUGCUGGGCCGGAUCAAGAGUCUGCAGGCCCGGGUGGACCAGAUUGUCGGCCGGGGCCCCGGGGACCGGAAGGCCCGGGAGAAGGGCGACAAAGGUCCCUCCGACACGGAGGCGGUAGAUGAAAUCAGUAUGAUGGGACGCGUGGUCAAGGUGGAGAAGCAGGUGCAGUCCAUCGAGCACAAGCUGGACCUGCUAUUGGGCUUCUACUCGCGCUGCCUGCGCUCUGGCACCUCGGCUAGCCUGGGCACCGUGCAAGUGCCGCUCUUCGACCCCGACAUCACCUCCGACUACCACAGCCCUGUGGACCACGAGGACAUCUCCGUCUCCGCACAGACGCUCAGCAUCUCCCGCUCUGUCAGCACCAACAUGGACUGAGGGGCUUCUCAGGGGCGGGGUAGCACACGGCCAGCCCCUCGGCCUGGCGCUCGGACCCUCCCUCUGAGGCCUCCGGACUCCUCUCUUACUUGAACUCGCUCCCUCGUGGGGAGAGAGGCCACACGCAGUAUUGAGCUGCCUGGGUGGGCGAGAUACCCGAUGUGGGUGCCAGCGACCCUCCCCACCUCAGGAGCGUGAGAUGCCAGGCCGCACGGAGGGCAGCAGCGGCGGCUGUCCCGCGGCCUCUGGGCCCCCCAGUGCCCUGCCCGUUCCAUCAAGGCCUGACACGGCCCGCCGGGCAGGGGCAUUGCUCCGGGAGUGGGAGCAGGGCACUGGGGCCCUGGGCCCUGACUCAGCUUCCAGCUAUGCAAGGUGAGGUCUUUGGCCCGCCCUUUGGACAGAGCAGGGAAGCCUUCCCGCCAAGUCCCCGCCCCACUUGGGGGUGGGCCCACGGUGCCCACACAGGUAUCCACAAGCACAGGACCCUGCCGCAAGGCAGGUGGGCACCAUAUAUGCAAACUAUGUUAAAUAUGCAACUCUGGGGACCCCCAUGGGGUCCCUCUGCCCCUCCCCCACUGGGAGAUGGGCCCCCAGCAGUAGCUGGUCUCAGGCUGCUUGGCUAUGACCCCCAUCCCUGUUCUUUGGCUUAUCAACUGCUCACCUCCCAGCAUGGGGCCUGUUUCUCCCUUGCCUCCCAAAGGGCAGUGUCUGGGCCUUUCUUCCCAUUUGCAGGUGUCCCCUCCCAGGGGCUCCCUCUUCCUGCCAAUGUUCACUCCCCUCUGGCCCUAGACACCGUCGACAGCACAAGUUUCUGUGUUCUCCCCCCAACCUCCCACAGACAAUACUCCCACGGUCACACAAACAUGCCCCUACAGUUUCCCCAGGAAACUGCAGGAAGUCUCUCACACUCGUGCUGACACACACAAUCAUCCACACUUGGAGACUCGAGCGCAGAGCCACUCAGCCUUUCCUGGGCCUCUGCAGCUGAGGCCAGUGGACUGGCCUUGCAGGGCAAUGUCCACACUCCUACCAACUACAUCCAGGCAGGAGAGGGAGCUCUGAUGUGACUCCAGGUCUCCAGAACUUUACCAGCUCCCCUUUCUCAAGAAGAUCUACUCCUCACAGGUCCAGGAGCCCUAACUGCUGCCUCUGCCUGCCCCCGAGGGCCCUCCUUAGCGUCCCCACAGCACAACUCAGGCCUAGGCCUCUGGGGCCUGGACAGCACUGGAAAGACCACAGACCCUUCCCCACGGUUAUCAGGCCCACUUCCAUCUAGGCUUGCCCUCUUCCUAGUUACUCUAACUCACUCCCAGAGAGAAUAAUAAGGCAUCUAGCGAGUACCAUUUGUCAGGCACCAACUGUGCAUAUGGCGCUCACAUGCACUGUUUCCCCUCCUUCCAUACUCCACUUUUCACUUCAUUUGGCAGCCCCCAUACUGCAUAAGCCCCCAUCCACUCCAGGCCCCCAGCACCUCUUUGGUAUCCCUACCCCUUUGUCCUUCUUCUGCAAAGCCAGUGCAGGUGGCAGGAGGGUGAUGGGUAGUGGACCAAUGGUGACCCUUUGUGGGGCACCAGGGAAUAAGGGGCUCAGGCCCAGCUGCCUGCAUCUCAUGACUGGGGACCUGCAUGCACCAGCGCCAGGGCUGGGGUUGGAUCUUGCUCAGCCCCAUGGUGCCCAGCCUCUGCCCCCACGUGCCCUCUGCAUGUGACCGUCAUGCCCUGGAUGGAGCCUAUCCUGGCUCACCUCACCUGCACUGCACUGUCCCCAGAGAGCCACACCUCCGCCCCCUGAGAGACAGAGCUGUGGAGAGGGGCAGGAGAAUGGGAUUAUCCUAUGACCAAAGGAGACUUGGGAAGAAGCCCUUCCUGCUUCCACGAUCAAGGUUCCCCACCAACCCGGUUCUCGGAUAUGCAAGUACCUCACUUUGUUAACUUAUUAACUUAUUGAUUUCAUUAAA